AAUAAGCUAACCGCGCGCGCGCGCAGAAUCUCUCUCGAAAGUCGUACCAAUCUCUGUUCAUGGUCCAUCCAAUCGAUCUUCCCCAUUUGUCCCUUUCUCGAAAAAAUCAGAGAAAACAAAAUAGAGCUGAUGGCGAAGGAUUCGGGUUGCUCCAACUUCGAUCUUCCCCAGGCGGUGUUGGAAGUGCUGCCGUUCGAUCCUUUCGAGCAGCUAGAUGUGGCCCGCAAAAUCACCUCCAUUGCCCUCUCCACCCGCGUCUCCGAUCUCGAAUCCCAGUCCUCCGCCCUCCGCUGCAAACUCGCCGACAAGGACCAGCUCAUCUCCGACGUCCGGGCCCAGAUUGAGUAUCUCGACGCCUCCCUAUCCGAUACCGCCGAUCAACUAGCCCUUGCCAACGAGGAAAAGGAGAGCUUGCUAAAACAGAACGCUUCGCUGUCCAACACCGUGGAGAAGCUUAAUCGAGAUGUCUCCAAGUUGGAGGUCUUCAGGAAGGCACUCAUGCAAUCUCUUCAAGAGGAUGAUGAAAAUUAUGUGAGUAAUGCAGGGGUUCCUGAGGUUCUUGCCAGGAUACAAAGCCAUCCAAGUUUAUCUUCUGCGUCACAGAUAGGAGGUCCUUUACUUUUUGUUUUUGUUCGUGAUAUCCUACCUAGCUGGAUUAUAGACAAUGAUGCUACAUUUCCAUAUUCUGGAUACUCUUCAUUCCAGAGUCAGAUGCCUGAACUAGGAAAUUCAUUUGCAGAGAAUCAUGAGGCUGAUGUAAGACCUCGCAUCUCACAUGGCCUCCUAUUAGCAUCCCAAGCUGGCACACCUCGUCUCACUCCUCCAGGUUCCCCCCAUAGCCUAUCUGCAUCGGUGUCUCCAGCAAGAACAUCUAAACCUGUGUCUCCAAGGCUGUAUUCUACGUCUUCUUUGGCUCACUCAAGCCAUCAUGGCUCGAUAUCAAGCUCUGACACAGGCUCGCAAAGUGGAAGAACACGGGUUGAUGGGAAAGAAUUCUUUCGCCAAGUCAGGACCCGAUUGUCUUAUGAGCAGUUCGGUGCCUUUCUAGCAAAUGUUAAGGAAUUGAAUGCCGGCAAGCAAACAAAAGAAGAGACUCUACUCAAGGCUGAUAAGAUUUUUGGCCCAGACAACAAGGACCUUUAUACGAUAUUUGAGGGAUUGGUCACUCGCAAUGUCCACUGAAAUUGCAUAGCUGGAACUGUGAUUACAGUUUGUAAGCAAUGUUGUUUAUUUCUACAGUUGAGCAGUUCACCCUGUAUGCAACAAUACAAAGUGCAGCGAAACGAUUCUUUGAACUCCUGUUCAGUUGGAUGUCGGGUCUCGAAUUUGCAUGUUUAUUGACGAAAUAUGUCCUAGGCUAGGAUAUUGUCCUUUU